AUGGACCUGAACGAGGAGGAGGAGAACGAGGAGGAGGAGGAAGAAGAGGAAGAAGAAGACACAGAGAGAGGAGGAACUGGAAACUUUUCGAAUCUAGAUUUGAACACGCUGGCGUUUCUCUCAGAAGAGAACGCUGAAGUCGUCGAACGCGGAGCCGGGCAUCGCAAAUCUCUGUUGCGCUCUUCCUCCUCUUUUUCCUUGCUGAGCAGGCGACGGCAGUACCAACACCAUCAAUACCAACAAUAUCAACAAGACCAACAACAACAACAACAACACCAUCAAUACCAACAAGAUUUUAUUAACCAGUUUCAGCAUAAAAAACUGAUUAGACAAAAUACGGAGAAAACCAACGUGCUCGCAACAGACUACGACUACUAUCGCGACUACUAUCGCGACUACUAUCGCGACGAUGACGACGAGAAGGAGGAGGAGGAGGACGAGGAAAAUAAAUAUUUAGGCGGGAAAAUGCAGCGCUUUCUUAAGAACAACGCGGGGCAGCUCUUGCAGAAAAAGAGGAGACGGAGGAAAAGGGACGUUUUGAUCUUUGCAUUCGUCUUUACCGCGGUUGCUUUCCUCGGUAACGUGUAUAAAACGACGAGAAUUUUAUCUCUCACUGCGACGUCGUCGGCCGCUUCGUCGGCAUCGAUGUCGGCGUCUUCGCAUUUCUCGUCUUUUUCUUCCUCUUCUUCUUCCGCGAUUUUUCCUAGAGAAAAAAACAAUAGCGUCGCCGCCGACGACGAGAGAGUAGAAGAGGAGGAGGAAGAACAAGAAGAACAAGAAGAACAAGAAGAACAAGAACAAAAAGGGGUGAGUAAAGAAGACGGAGAAACGAAACAAGAACGCAUCGAACCAGCGCAUGAGAAAAAGGAAAAAUUUUCACUUUUGCCGACGGAGAGGAUCACUCUGUUAUCGCCGCAACGAAUGGUUGAACUGAGCGAGCGAAAAAAUGGUGACGUCGACGUCAACGACGCGUACAAUUUUGUCUCGCUCGCAGAGAAGCGUUCGGCGAUUGCAACGACACUAAAAUGGGCAUACGACGGAUACAUGAAAGUAUUUCCAGCAGAUGAGCUUGAUCCGCUAUCCGGCCAUGGGUUGGAGUGGUUUCACGUGGCGCUGACUGCCAUCGACGCGGUUGAUACUUUCGCUCUCGUAGGCUUGGACGAAGAGUUUGAAUUUGUAAAAGAAUUUGUAAAAUCAGGUAAACCGAUCUUUACUUCCGCCGGUAGAAGUUCUGUUUUUGAAUCGACCAUUCGGAUAAUGGGCGGGUUUCUAGCGGCGCACCAUUUAGAACAAAAAAGUAGCAAAAUAGAAGCGACCACGACGACGGAUAAUAAAGGAGACGAUUUUACUACGAAUUUCUAUUUUCUGGAAAAAGCUCGAGAGCUCGCGGAUAAGUUGAAAGUUGCUUUCAACACCCCGACGGGUAUUCCCAGAACUGAUGUUGAUUUUAGCACGGGUAAAUCGCACGACGACGAAAUAGGUACGAACGGUCUCGCUCAAGCGACGACGUUAACUUUAGAGUGGGAGUGUUUAGAAGCAACCCUGACGGAAGUAGUUUUAGACGAGACGGAGAAAAGAAAAAGAGGAUUUACGAAGUACGGCGAUUACGUGAGAAGAGCGAACGAGGCGGUCCAUAAAUUAGCUUCAGGCGCUGAUUACGGGUUGCUUCCUGAUAAAAUUGGAGUGGAACACUUAAAUGCGCACGGCAUGGUGAAGCUCGGAGCAAAUGGGGAUUCUUACUACGAGUACUUGUUGAAAAGCUGGAUCCACCGCGGGAAACCAAAAGGAGGGGAAAAAGAGUACGUCCGAGCGAUGGACGGAAUAUUUUUACGCCUCGUUCAAAGAACGCAGAAUCACUUACAAAAUACCAGUGGUUUGAUAUAUGUCGGCGAGAUGGCAUAUCCGUCCUCUCACGGCUCGAGAUUUGAAAAGAAAAUGGAUCAUUUGGUGUGUUUUUUACCAGGAAUUUUGGCGCUCGGACAUUUGCACGGCGUCGGAAAGGAAUUUGGCUCGAGCGCGGCGAGCGAAGAAGAGAAGGAAGAAUUCCGCGCAAAAGUGGAUUUAUUGCGUCUCGAUAAAAACGAAUCUUCACACUUAGCCCUCGCUAAAGAGCUCAUGCGAACGUGCGUGGCCAUGUACGAGAGAAUGCCGCUCGGGUUACACCCUGAAAUUGCAAAGUUUGACGAAGACGGUAAUAACGUCGUGAAGUGUUUCGGCGGAGAUUUAUGCGUCAGCGCGAAUGACGCGCACUCAAUUCUUCGGCCAGAAACUGUUGAAUCUUUGUUUGUACUUCACAGAGUCACGAAAGACGAAUCUUUCCGUCGUCAAGGAUGGAGAAUGUGGCAAAACUGGGAACGUUACUCUCGAGUAGAUACCGGGGGGUACGCCAGUCUCGCCAGCGUCUUGGAAAAUCCACCGGGGAGGAAGAAAGGGAAACAAGAGAGCUUCUUCCUCUCGGAAACGUUAAAGUAUCUCUUUCUGCUUUUCAGCGACGACAUAGUAGUACCUUUGGAGUGUUUCGUGUUCAACACGGAAGGUCAUCCGUUACCGAUUAUGCAUCGUCAAAAGUCGUUGCGCGAGUGCGUAGAAAGAGAGAGAGAGAGAGAAAAAGAGAGAGUUUUUAAUAGCGUUUGA